AUGGGGGCCCUCUUUUGGACAUUAACGCUUGUCGUAAUCCUUCAGCCUAUUUAUUUUUCAAGAUGCCAAGAAAGAUCGUUUGUGAUUGACAAAGAAAACAAAUGUUUUUUAAAAGACAAGCGGUUUUUCCGUUGCAUUUCCGGAGAAAUGGAUUACUUCAGGGUUCCGAGGGCAUACUGGAAGGACCGCCUGCACAAGAUGCGGAUGGCAGGUCUCAAUACCAUAGCCAGCUACGUCGAGUGGAAUGGACACGAACCUCAGCCUGGAAAGUUAAACUUUGUGGACAACUACGAUCUGGUCGAGUUCUGCAAAGAAGCCCAGCGAGAGGACCUCCUGGUGAUCCUUCGUGUCGGCCCUUACAUCUGCGGUGAGAGAGACAACGGUGGAUUUCCUUCUUGGCUCUACAACACAUUAGCGCCCGGUAACUUCCGAACGACCGACAAGGUCUUUAUGGACGCUACUGAGAAGUGGUUGGGUGAACUGUUACCGAGGAUAAAAGGAACGUUUUAUAAAAAUGGUGGUGCAGUAAUAGCACUUCAAGUCGAGAACGAGUACGGAAUCCAAAUGUGCGAUAGCGCUUACAUGCCUGGAGUUUACAAUAUAUUCAAGAAACAAGUCGGAGACGAUGCCAUCUUGUUCACUACCGAUUUUCCGAUAAAGAAAGACCAUAAGUGUGGAGGAAUCCAUGACGUUCCAAAAGCUGCCAACAUGCGCGCAUUCGACUCCGUGGCGACUGUUCGAUCAACCAUGAAUUCCAUGAACACACAAGGAUGUCCACUUUUCAUAAUGAAGCUCUUUGUAGGAUGGUAUUUUCGGUGGGGAAUAGCGCACGAGGAAAGCACUCCGCCUGCAUUUAUGGACACGUUUAAGGAACUAAUACGCACUAAUGCUUCCGUCAACAUCUACAUGUUUCAUGGAGGGACGAACUUCGGGUUUAGCGCAGCCUCAAGAAAAGGCAUUCCACUGGUCACAAGCUACGACUACAAUGCUCCGCUCUCCGAGGCAGGAGAUCCGAGGGAUUUGUACUACAACUUAAGGGACACCAUCAAGGACUUCUCUCCGCUGCCACCGGGAAUCGCACCAGUCGCUUCUCCAAAGCUUAAUAUCGGAGUUGUAAAUUUAACAGAAGGAGCAUCGCUCAUGGAAGUAAUAGGCCAUUUCAGAGCAAAUGGCUGGAUCAAAAAGUAUGAGCAGUCUGGCCCAAUGACGUUUAAAGACAUGGGCCUGGACUAUGGCUUCGUGAUGUAUACAGCCAAGGCAGGUUCCUUCAAGAAUCCAACUCUGGUCGUGUCUGGCAUCAAGGACAGAGCCUACGUCGUUAGAAAUGGCAGUAUAAAUGUUCUCGACUCAAAGUUUCACAAAAAACGCAUUGAUAUUAAGAAGGGUGAAACUCUUACUAUUGUUGUGGAAAAUCUUGGCAGGGAGUUUUACAAUAUAGGAAAAGACCCAAAGGGAAUCACGGGCCGAGUGACACUGAAUGGCCACAAGGUGGAGGGUUGGACUAUGGAAGCGGUGCCGGUGGUUGAAAACCGAGACGUCAGCCUCGUCAUGCAGUUCCUUGAAAACCGGAGCAGCCCAGAGGUUCCAGGCUUCUUCCACGGCAAAUUCACGCUCCCGCCAGGAGAGGGUACUAUAAAAGACACCUUCCUGGACCCGACGGGUUGGAAACAUGGCGUCGCCUUCAUCAAUGGUAUCAAUCUGGGCCGCUACUGGCCCAAGACGGGACCGCAAGUGACACUCUACCUUCCGGGUGCCUUCAUGCUUCCUUACCCCGAAGUAAACAGGCUCUUUCUACUGGAGAUGGAAGGCGCGCCGGAAAAGAAAACAGUGAAGCUGGUAGACAAGCACGUCCUCAAUGGACCAGUCUAAAACGAACUAAUAUUUCUUGGAAACCCGUCUAGAAAAAUUUA